AUGGCGGGGGUGGUAGCGCUAGUGCGGAAAACUCAAGAAUAUGUGAAGACCAAGGAGUUCCGGGAUUACAUAACCAGCACCCACUUCUGGGGUCCUGUGGCCAACUGGGGCCUCCCACUGGCCGCCUUCAAGGAUAUGAGGGCGUCUCCCGACAUCAUCAGUGGCCGCAUGACGAUAGCGCUCAUCUUCUACUCCAUGGCUUUCAUGCGCUUUGCCUACCGGGUCCAGCCUCGAAAUUACCUGCUGUUGGCGUGCCAUUUUUCCAACGUGGUGGCACAGAGCAUUCAGGGGAGCCGUUUCGUGGCACACUACUACCUUGGUGGGGCCAAGGCCCACAACCGUCCGGCCAAAUAA